AUGUCCGAGACAACCAAAACCACAAAGUUCCCUCUCUUGGGUGAGGGCAACUACGGUGAGUGGGCGAUCUGGAUGGAAGCGGAGCUGAUCAACAAGGAGCUGUGGGAGGUGAUGAUGAUUGAAACAUCGCCACCGACGGAUGCAACGGAGAUGGAGGCAGCAGUGUGGCUGGAGGCAGAAAAGGUCAAGCGCUUGAUGACCAAGAUGGUGAAAGCACAGGCGAAAAUGGUGCUGCAGGUAUUGGCAGGGCAGCUGGUGCACCUGGUGAGUCGUGACCCUAUGGAGUGCUGGGCGACUCUGGCGCAGAUGCACCGAGCGUACGAGUUUGCGACCCGACUGGCGAUGCAGUGACGCUUCUACAGGGUGGUGAAGGGCCCCGACGAGGUGAUGUCAGCAUGGAUCAGGCAGGUGAAGAAAAUGGCCGCAGAUCUGGAAUACGCUGGGGUAAAAGUAGAAGAAGAGGACAUGGUGUUGGGACUCACCAUGGGCCUUGGAGAACACUAUGACCAGCUCGUA